UGCUAUAAAAGUGAUUUGUUUUUAAGUCUAGACACACCCUAGGAACCAUGCCUUCAGAACUGGAAUGUGCCAUGCAGUCACUCAUCACAGUGUUCUACCGUUAUGCCGGGAAGGACAAGGACAAGGACACGAGCACACUCAGCCGGCGAGAGCUCAGAGAGUUGAUGGAGAAUGAGCUGUCUACAUUCCUUAAGUCUCAGAAGGAUCCUGCUGCUGUAGACAAGAUAAUGAAGGACCUGGAUGCCAACGGAGAUGGUCGAGUGGACUUUGAGGAGUUUGUUUCUCUGAUUGUGGGACUUUCCAUUGCCUGUGAGCAGUGCUAUAAGAUGCACAUGAAGAAGAUGGGAAAGAACUGAAAGACCACAGCAGAAGAGAGCAUGGAAAAAAAAAAACCACAAAGAAUUUAAAUUUUGUAAAGAUUCUUUUGUCCAUUAAAUGCCCUGAAUUUCAAA